GCUAACUACAUGAGUGAUUGUCAUUGACUGAAGUUGGUCUAAAUUCCAACUGCUGCUACAUUCAUUUUUGAACUGAAGACGGGGCUUUUAAGAUCCAGCUAAACUUCGGUAUAAGAUGUUGGGAAAUACAGAUUCAUCGACACUUUGGAACAGCUCUCUUGAAGACAAGUUGGCCAACGACGAUGCUCUGGUGGAGUUUCUGAAUGCAUUUUUAAGCCUCCCAACAUUUCACGAAACUAUAAAAUACAACACGGAGACCGGAGCUUUUGAGGUGGUGAGCGAUGCAGCCGAAACUCUCCACAGCCGAAUUCGGACAACCUUGCACGAACAUGAAGCAAAGUUUCUCGCAAAUUCAGAUUCUCCGUGGCUCACCGCAAUCCCCAUGUUUGACAACUCUUACACAGUUCUGUGUUUGGACCGAGAUCAAGGGAUGAAGUGGGUUAACAAAUCAAGACUGCCCUUGUUUUUACAAAGUGACUACUUCUUUGAAUACAGAUUGGUGAAGCUCCUCUGCCAGCUGGUCUGUCCAGGUCAGAGACUGGACAACGCCUCUGCCUCUGCUCUCUGCUCUGUUUAUCCACAACCCCCUACACACUGUGCAGCGCAGGAUCUUAACAAGGAUCGAGUGUCUUUCAUCAAAGGGGAAAGCCAGGCAGCUCGUGAGCACAGGAACGGCAGCGACAGACAUGCAGAGGCCAGGGGAGUAGAGGCCGAGGUGGAGGCCUGUUUGGCAGAGGCCAGGGGAGUAGAGGCCGAGGUGGAGGCCUGUUUGGCAGAGGCCAGGGGAGUAGAGGCUGAGGCAGAGGCCUGUUUGUACUUCACAGAGUCCACGGAGCAGGAGGAGGCGACGAGCCCAUCCACGCGCCCGGGCACAGCUGACCUUGGGGAGGGUCGUCUCAUCACCAGCCUGGUCAACCACGUCCUGCAGGUGGCAGUGUCUGAGCUGCAGGUGGGCACUGCCAGGGUUGAGCUGGACACUCAUCAGCAGGCACCAGGGGCAACAGAGCUCGUGCCACACACAGCCUGUGCGGCAGCUGAAAUGAAUGAGUUUAAUAGCGGCUCGGCGACGGAUGAGCCGGCAGGUGGACACGGUCAUUGUUUGUGUUUCCAUGGCUCCAGACAGGCCCUGGAGGACUUUAAGAGGUUUUUACAGGGCACCCCCGGGGAGAAGGUCCUGCAGCUGUGGAUGGACAUCGAGAGGCUGAGGAUCCUAGCGAGCCCAAAGACCAAAAACAGGCACUUGGUGAAGAUGCGGCACCAAUACAUGCCAAGCAGUGGCUUUAGGGCUCUAAGUUCUGAACUGCUCUCCAGGCUGGGCCUGGCUAGUUCCUCCAGCUGGAUAGAGGACAAGCUACUGCACGUACAGCCCUGUCUCUCUGAGACUCUGUUAACAUACUGGGGCCCACUGUUUUGUUUGGUGAGGUCUGCCAGUGAGAGACGAAGACUGCUGGACCCACAGCAGCAGCCUCAUUGGCAGAAGCGUCGUCUCCAUUCAUCUGCUGCUGGAGGGCCCAACCCCAGCUACAUCACCCUGCCUCCUGUGCAACCCCACCUCUGUAAGCCCAGAGCUCCACCCUCAACUGCUGGACAGCCAUUGUCUGGCAGCAGUACCCCAGCGUUGAAGGGCAGGCUCAUGGAGAGGAUGCUUCAGGCAUUACAUGUGGAGCCCAGAGCUGGCUUCUACUUCACCCGCUUCUGUGAGCUCUCAGGCAACAAGCUGUGGGAGAGCGCCAUCCACUUCUGGACCGAUCUGCAGGAAUACCAGCAGCUCUUCUACCAGGAUGGCCUGGACCCUUACAGAGCCCGGAGGAAGGCCCAGGUGCUGUACUCCACCUACCUGUGCAGUGCAUCCCAGGAGAGCAUCGGUGUGGGUGAGGAGUGCAUGAGGCAGGUGUUUGCGCGCUUGACUCCUCCAUUUGAGGAGCUGUUUGAUGGGGCAGAGGAGCACACUCUCAGCCUCCUGCUGGAGCCCUGGACCCUCCUCACCUCUCAGGACACAGACAUCUAUGAACAGGUGGAUCUGUGGGAAGAAACCCGCCAUGAUGAGACAGCUGAUUACAGGAAGCUCCAAGUGCUGCACACUGAGUCUGUGCGGAGGAUGGAACAGCUGGCUCGGGAGCGCAAGUCUGCGCCUCCUCCACCAGAGGUCCCUAGAGAACCAGACUCUUGGGCACAGGUUCCGCAGCAGUUCAGAGGGUUCCGUCUGGUGUCUGUGCUCCGGAACCGCACAGAGCUCCAGCACUUUCAGGCUUUUCUGGAGGAGAAUUCUGCCAGCAUGGACCUGCUGUGCUGGUUGGACCUGGAGCAGCUGAAGAGGACCUCCAGCCAGCAGCAGGAGGAGAGAGCCCAGCGCUUCUGUGCCAUCAAGACCAAGUACCUCAACAGGAAGUACUUCUUUGGGCCUGGUAGCCCUGCCACCAAACAUCAGCAGGAGGAGGUCAUCCGUCUGGCUGGUGGCUGGGGCCAGCUCCUGCAGAACGGUCUAUCGGGAGCUCCACUGACAGAGAUGCAGAACAUCGUGAGGGACCGCAUCGAGAGAAAAUGGCUGCCUGUCUACCUGUCCACACCUGACUUCAGUGAGCGCCAAAAACUUCAGCCCCAGACGGAGGACCACAGGAGGAGAUACCACAGGAGAAGGAAGCAGCCCUGGAAGCUCUCUCAGCAGGCAGACAGUGCCUGGAUGGCCUCGUCCAGGGAGGUGCUGGCCUUCCGGCAGGCCCUGCUGAACCCCGUCACCUGCCUGCAGUUCCAGCGCUUCGUGGUCCUGAAGGGGGACCUGUACGAGAACGACGUGCUCUUCUGGCUGGAGGUGCAGCGAUACAAGGACCUGUGUCACUCGCACUGUGACGAGGCCACCGUCCAGCACAAGAUCAGCACCAUCAUCAGCUGCUUCAUCAGCUCCAGCGUGCCCCCCGCCCUGCAGAUCAGCAUCCCCCCCGAGCAGGCGCGCACCAUCCUGGACCAGAGGAGGGAGCUGGGGCCCUAUGUCUUCAGAGAGGCCCAGAUGUCUGUGUUCAGCGAGCUGUAUAAGCUGUGGCCUCCGUUCCUGGACUUCAAGAGCCGCGUGGGAGAGGGGGAGGACCUGCUGUCCGUUCUGGAGAGGAAGAGGGCCCGGCAGAGAGAGCGAGAACUGCAGCGCAGGAGAGCAGAGGAGGAGGAGGAGGAGAGGAAGGCUCAGCAGGAGGCCCUGAGCAAGCAGCAGUGGAGUUCGGGGAGUGUGUGUGAGGAGGCCGGUGUUGAGGGCAGCACGGAGCACCAUGUGGAGCUACUCCUGCCCACAGACCAGUUGUCCUGGUCCUACUCCAAGUACAUGGCAGCAUUGGAGAGAGAGUCGGUGCUGAUCCGCAAGCAGAUGAUGCAGGAAGAAGCCCUCGCCUCCUUUAGCACAGGAAGAGAUUCCGUGUCUACCCCUAGCGUGAGGUCAGAGGUCAGCAGGAGACCCCCAGGCCACAACCCUGCCGCCACUCCGAGAACACACACGCCAGAGGCCACUGGUGCCAACACACUCACAGGUCGCUGAGUGAGAUGAUGUCGGUUUGAUGAUCUAAGGUGAGGACGUUCUGAGGAGGAGACCACUCUCUGGCGCCCACUAGUGGACACAUCUGAUGGGUCCACUUGAAGGGAGCUGCAAGUGAAUAUGACAUUUUGUGUUGUGUGAGAGAUGCCUUAUGACAAUAUAAUCCUUAUCUAUGUAUUUAUAAGAAAGAGAAACAUGACAAUCAGGUUAAUUAAAUAUUUUAUUAGAAUGUUAUAUUUAGUUAUUGAUAC